AUGGAAGACCAAAUCAAGAAUCUGGAAAAACGAAUUGAUGAUCAAAUUUCAAGAUUCGAUCAGAAAAUUGAUGAGAUGUUGAAGAUGAUGCAGGCGAUGCAAGCUGAGAAGGUUUCAACCCCUUCGAGCUCCGAACCCUCUUCUCCAACAUACUCUAAUGGCAAUUUGAGCAGGUCCAAUUCCACUAGGACCUUAGGUAUGAACCCUAAGCUUGAACUUCCUAAGUUUAAUGGUGUCAAUCCUCGGAUUUGGGUUAAAAAAUGUUGCAAAUACUUCAAUCUUUGCAAAAUUGCUGAUGAUCAAAAGGUGGAUUUGGCCUCAUUGAAUAUGACUGAUAAGGCUGAACAUUGGGGUAAUUCUGCUUUAGAUGUUGUUGAGCAGUUCAAUAGAUUGCAACAAUUAGGGUCUAUUGAGGGCUAUAUUGAUGAAUUUGAGAAACUUAGAUCUGUAAUGCUGAUGAAUAAUCAUAUACUACCUGAUGCUUAUAUUUUGGAGAGUUUUGUGGGAGGGCUUAAACCAGCUGUGAAACCCUUUGUUAAGGCGUUUAAACCAGCGACUAUUGCCCAGGCAGUGGAUUUUGCUAGGCUACAGGAGGAAUCUCUGACUUUGACACAAUUUCCACACAAGAACAAAAACUAUAAACAUAUACCAGCUGAUGUUAGACAGGAGAAGAUUGCUAAAGGACUGUGUUACUACUGUGACCAGCCUUAUACAAGAGAAAAUCAGUGCCAAUUUAAGAAACCUCAGUUGUUUACAGUUGAAAUUCCUGGAUCUAUUGAUUCUGAAAGUGAUGAGGAUUUGGGAUCUUUUCCUAAUUCCAUUGAUGAACCUCAAAUCUCUAUGCAUGCUCUUGCUGGAAAUCAGUCUUUUCAAACUAUGAGAGUGAUAGGCAGAAUUCAGGGAAAGGAUUUACACAUUCUUAUUGAUUCUGGAAGUACACACAACUUUGUGGAUGCUUCUGUAGCUUCUAAGUUGGGUUGUUCUUUGGAGCAGAUUCCUUUCCAGGCUAUCUCUGUAGCAGAUGGGAAUCAUAUUCCUUGUCAGCAAGCUUGCAAGGGGUUUGCUUGGAGUAUGCAUGGCCAUAAUUUUGAAGCAGAUGUGUUGGUCAUUCCCUUAGGGAGUUGUUAUAUGGUGUUGGGAAUACAAUGGUUAAGAAUGUUGGGUUCUAUUCAUUGGGAUUUUCAGAAGCUUAGAAUGGAGUUUACUUUUCAGGGAAAACAAAUUGUUCUUAAAGGUAUACCACCUAAAAAUUUGUCUGUGGUAGAAGGAGAUCCUAGAGCCUCAAUCAUGGAUUCUUCAAUCCAGUUAUGUUUGUUGCAUGUUCAAGAUUCUAAUUGCUUUGUUGGGCAGAUGGAACAGGACACUAAUACAGUUUUGAGUAAUUCUGAAUUUUUGGCCAUUAAACAGCAGUAUGCUAAGGUUUUUGAGGAACCUUCAGCUUUAACACCUGUCAGGGGUGUAUUUGAUCACUCUAUACCUUUGAUACCAGGCAGCACACCUGUUAAUAUCAGACCCUACAUGUAUCCCCUUAAACAAAGGGAUAUAAUUGAACAAUUGGUGCAGGAGAUGCUAGAUAGGGGCAUCAUCCAAAACAGUUCAAGUCCUUUUGCUUCCCCUGUUGUGUUAGUGGAUGAACUUGUUGGGGCUUCUGUGUUUACUAAGCUUGAUCUUAGGGAAGGUUACCAUCAAAUGAGAGUAAGCUCAGCUGAUGUGUUCAAGACAGCCUUUAAGACCCACACUGGCCAUUAUGAGUUUUAA